AUGUCUGCCACUAAGGAAUUCACCCUCCAGGAGGUUGCCUCCCACAACACCAAGAAGGACCUGUACAUGGUUAUCCACGACAAGGUCUACGACUGCACCAGCUUCGUCGAUGAGCACCCCGGUGGUGAGGAAGUCCUUCUGGAUGUCGGCGGCCAGGACGGCUCCGAGGCCUUCGAGGACGUCGGCCACUCCGACGAGGCCCGUGAGAUCCUCGACGGUCUCCUCGUCGGCAACGUGAAGCGCAUGCCCGGUGACCCCGCCCCCAAGGCCCACGCCGCCACCAGCUCUUCUUCCGCCUCCUCUUCCUCUUCCUCCGGCAGCUUCGGUGUCGGUCUCUACGCCGUCAUCCUCAUCGGUGGUGCCAUCGCCUACGGUGCCUACAACUACCUCCAGGCCCAGCAGCAGGCCCAGUAA